UCUAAUCAGACUCAUCUGAGUAAACAGGGUUUCCUCAAUCCUAAACUAACCUGUACAGCGAACAGGGUUUCUUCAAAUUAUAUUUAGUGAGAUAAAAUGGUAUUUCUGAAAGGAGGAGGAGCAGGGGUCGGAGGAGGGUUCGGAGGUUUGGUUGUUUCACUUCUAGUGUUCAUGUCCCCAGCACAAGGUCAAUACUACUGUGCAGGCACAGAAAGCUUUGAUAAGGUGACUGGUGUAGAACUACCCUCUGCUAGUAGAACUCCUCUUUACUCUGCUGUAGGAAAUACAGUCACUGCAGAGUGUAAUAAUAGAUGUCGAGCUAGCGAAGACUGCCCGGCCUUCUUGAUAGAUUACGAAGAAGAAGCUUGCUAUAGACUAGACACUAAUACAGAUGAUAAUAGAGAGUUGAUUGAACCUACAGAGAAGCGAACGAACUACUUUGAGAAGGUUUGUCUCCAAGCUCCGGCAUGUGAGAAAGCCUGGAUAUUCGAGAGAGCUAUGGGAUAUGAGUUGGACGGAUACGACGAUAGGGUUGUAAACCAAGUAGGAACAAGACAGCAGUGCCAGGAGCUGUGUUUGCUUGAAACUGAGUUCCAGUGCCAUAGUGCUGAAUAUGUGUUUAAGACCCUGGAGUGUAGAUUAUCUAGGGAAUCCCGUCGGAGCCAACCUGCAGCAUACAGAGCUACACCAGACGAUAUGGCUUACAUGGAAAAUCAAUGUGCCAGAGAGAGACGGCUGGGAAACUGUGAAUAUGAUGAAUAUAAGAACCAGGAUAUCGGAUUUGCAGAUAUACAAACCUCCGCUAGAAAUCCGGAAGAGUGUGGAGAACAAUGUGACCAAACCUCGGCAUUUAACUGUAGAAGUUAUACUUACUUCCCUGGUACAGGAGUCUGCAGACUUUCUUCAGAUGAUAAUAUAUCUGCUGGACCUCAGGCUGUAACGGAUAGAGCAGGAGCCCAAUAUUUCCAGCGAGCUCCUUGCCUAGACUCGCACAGCACAGGAAGAUUGCACCGAGAGAGACGUCAGGAACCAGCUGUAGGUGUCAAUGGGUCAGAGCAGGCUGGGGGAGGGGGGCAGGGGGAAGUAUCCUUGAUAUGUACUGAUGAAAGUAUGACUGUAACCCUAAACACUGAAGAACCGUUUCAAGGUCGAAUGUAUGCGCAAUCAAAGGGCAAGGAUUGUGAAGUACGAGGACUCUCCAGGACUGAGACUGAGCUGACAUUUUACUUCGAGGAGGAAUCAGCUGCUCGCUGCGGUACACUUAGGGAGGAGAAAGGAGUGUACAGUAAUGUCGUCGUUAUUCAACAUCAUCCAGUCAUUCAGAGGAAGGGAGAUAGGGCUAUCCAACUAUUCUGUUAUUUUGAGACCGGCACCAAGGUUGUUACCAACAGCUACAAUGUUCUCUCCGAUGUAAUUGAUAACUUUGAGUCCUCCACCCCCUCCAGUGUAGUGAACGCUACCGCACCUGCACCCGGAGUAAGGUUAAGGAUCACAACUGAGGACGGAUCCGAUAUCUCCGGGACUAGGUUGGGAGAGAAGCUGUUCCUCAGGAUAGAGAUGGAUCGAGAAUCCAUCUUUGGAAUAUUCGCCAGAAAUCUCAAGGCUAUCAGUGGGGAUGACCAGGAUAGCAUAGAUCUACUGGAUGAACGAGGAUGUCCAACAGAUAAUGUCAUUUUCCCUGGACUGCAGCAGCUACCUGACUCUAGGGAUCUUCAAGGGAACUUCGAGGCAUUCAAGUUCAGUGAUACUAGUGUAGUCAGGUUCCAGGUGAAUGUUCAGUUCUGUGUUGAUGAAUGUAACCCUGUUGAUUGUGAGGAUGGAAUACAAUCCUAUGGUAGGAGAAGAAGAUCUGCAAACUCCUCUCAAUCCGUCCCUGCUCCGACCACAGCCGUCCCUGAACCCUACUCCAGCAGGCUUGUGUUUGACCCGAACCUAGGUCAGGAGGUACUCACCGUAGAUACUCCUUUAUCAAAGGAGAUAAUUGUGGAUUCAGGAGCUAAAGUGGAUUCAUUCAGAACUCCGAGAUUUCAACCUGAACAAGCACCAGGAGGAGUGUACAUAAAGCGUGAGGAGGGUGAAGAGGAGGUGCUGUGUACAACACUACCUGUUGUUGUUGCAACAGCUGCAGCUGUUAUAUUCCUGCAGCUGUGUAUCCUGGUGACCUGUAUCCUGUGUAUCUAUACAGCUAGGCGGGGCAGGAAAACAGACCGCCAAGUUGACCGACAAUCCCUGCACAGUGGGCGGAGUAGUACCACGCCCCUUCCUCCUCCCCUUCACACACUCUACCAUGAUAAUCUAACCUACAGGUCUCCUAUGAGUACCAGUUCUAGAGAAAACUCAGCUAGUACCUUGAAAAGUUUACGGACAUCUCUUAGGGACUAGAGGGACUCCAAGGCAUAGAGGGAGUAGAGGGACUAUAAGGACUUGAGGGACUUGAGGGACAGAGAAACUAGACAAGGACUAGAGUGAAUACAGGGACUAAAGGGACUAGAGGGACUAGAGGGACUAGAGAAACUAGUCAAGGACUAGAGUGAAUACAGGGACUAAAGGGACUAGAGGGACAAAAGAGAAUAUGGAGGAGUAAAGGGACUACAGGGAAUAUAGGAGCUAGAAGUACUUAAGAAGUACAGGGACUAGAGGGAAUAGACUAGGGGUCUACAGGAACUACAGGGACUACAUAGAUUCCAGUGACUACAUGGAGCUACAGGGAAUAGAGGGACUUUAUAGGACGAGACUACAGGGGCUAUACUAGAGGGACUGGACUACAGGGACUAGACAAGAGGCACUGGACUACAGGGACUAGAGUAAAGGAACUACACUAGAUGGAAUAGAAAGAUUAGAGGGACUACAGGGAGUAGAAGGACUAGAAAGAUUAGAGGGACUACAGGGAGUAGAGGGACAACAGCAACUACAGUUAAUGAUCCCGUGUGGAAUAUCACAAAUGAAAAAUAUUUCUUCUUGAAAUUAUCAACAAAAAAAAUAAUAUUCUUUCUUUUGUUUAAAUCCUUUCAAAGUUUUGCAUGAACGACCACAGAAAUUCUUGUUGCGUUUCAUGUUUAAUUCAUGUUAUAAUUACCUAAUAUUUACUUAGAAACAUCCCCCCCCCCUCUCAGAAUAUUUUAAGUGGCAUUUCUAUCGUAUUUUCUUGUAUAUAUUAUAUAAUAAGUGAUGCAUCAAAACUGCCAGUGCUAAUCUGUAUUCUCGCGAAAAUGUUUUUCAAUGAAAUGAUUACUUGUCUCAAAAUUAGAUCUUCUAAUAUAUUUUUGGACCCUGAUGUCGUAGAUUUUUGAUAUCUCAAACUAUGCAUUCUGAUAGAUCUAAUUGUUAAUUAUGAAAUAUUAAAGGUUUACACCAUUAGGUUGCAAAGAUACUGGAAUUAGAAAAUUAGAGUUUAAAACAAGUGUUCAUUCCAUUAUUAUAGAUUUACCAUUAUAAUUAAGACGAAGCUAGACCAUAUGUUUCAAAUUUACCAAAAUAUCCCAGUUUUUCGUCUAGUCAAACGUAACGGCAUUUAUGAAAUUUUAAACUUUUUUGUCAACCAAAAAGUAAUUCAAGUUUAAUUCUAAAUUUGUAAA